AUGUCUCCAGAACCUGCAUCCUUUGUUACCCUCGACGUCUUCACAGCCAAAGGAUUCGCUGGUAAUCAGUUGGCCGUCAUCAAGGUCAGGGAAGACCGUCUGUCCACAAAGCAGAAACAAUCAAUUGCGAGGGAAUUCAAUUUCUCUGAAACCGUUUUCCUUCACUAUGACAGCCCAAGCCAACCCCCCAAACUUGAGAUAUUCACGCCCGUGAACGAGAUGCAUUUCGCAGGUCAUCCGGUUAUCGGACUCGGACAUGUUCUCUUUCGAGGAUUGCUGGUGGAUCUGCCCGUCUCUGGAACAGCAGAGGGAGAGGGCUUUAGGACACAGACUGUCAUAACAAAGGCAGGACCUGUUGGCAUUCACUACAAUCCUGGCAGCCAAAUUGUUUCGGCUGAGAUCCCACAUAAUGUGCAUCUUCACUCGAACCCCGUUCCCGUGGAAAACCUCGUGCGUACCCAAUUAGGUCUCCAAGCGGCUGCAAAGGCCGGGCGUCUGCAGACAGAAUAUCCCGUUCUAUCGAUCGUCAAGGGGGUCACAUAUGUCCUCGCAGACCUGACUGAUGCACCGGAGGUUUUCGCUGGCAUUGCUGCAGGCCCAAGUCCUACUGUUGAUCUGGAUGAAGGAUGGAGCCCAUCAUUUGCUGGUGUAAUGUAUUAUCGCCACAUUGGUUCUACCCACACAGAACAAGGGACAAUGGUACAACAGCUUCGUGUCCGCAUGAUCGCCAUUGAUCUCGAGGAUCCUGCGUGCGGCAGCGGGUCCGCCGCUUUGGCUGCCUAUCUGUCCCUUCAAGAUGGCAGCAGAAAUGGAAAACACCGAUACAUUAUCGACCAGGGAUCCGAGAUUGAGCGGCAGAGCAAUAUCACUGUGGAGGUACUCCUGAACGAGCGGGGAGAUGGUAUAUCGUCGAUUCUUCUCGCUGGCCAAGCAGCACUAGUGACAGAGGGAAGAAUUCACCUUCCGGAAUGA